UGCAUGCAAUGAGUUAUUACGCUGACCCUUCUGUGUACAGAGGCGGUUCUGCUGAAAGUUGGUCCAUGAAUAUAACAAAUAAUUCUACAUGCACGAAUGGAAGCAGUGAACACUACAUGAGCAGAUUAGGUGAAGAAACAACUUCAUUGCAUCAGUAUGGGAAUACUUGGACUCCUCAGAACGGGUAUUCCUACACUUCUAAUCCACUAUCAAAUUAUCCCGCCCAAAGUGACGUACAAGUUGCCCCGUCUUCGUUAGCUGCAUUGAAAUCAGCAUACUCUCAACCUAUGAGUGGUACUUCAUCGCAAAUUUCCUACCCGAAAGGACUCACGCCUCAAAAACCACCAGAAGAGUUGGUUAAAAACGGUCCCGUAGAAAUGAAACACUCGGCAAUUACCGAGCUUAUACAAAAUUCUGACAGGAAUGCGAGCGGUGAUUACGGUCAGUUCACAAAUUUGACGGUGCCAGCUUACCCUCAAGCUUACAAUUAUCCAACCUCAGCUGGCUACCCGUUAAAUUACAAUUAUCCAAAUUACAGUUACCCUACUAGCACGGAAAGAUGGCCUCAGGAGAAUUUGGCGGCUGGUCGAAGCGAGUCAUGGUUGCAACCUUCAGAUCCCAGCUUUUACGGAAGAACUUCACAGCUGGCCGCUUUAGCCGGACAUUCAGGUGCUCAUGACCUUAACAGAUCCGAAUACGGCGCGAGAAGCAAUGGCCACGUAGAUCCUUGGAGAUGGGGUGUUUCUAAUGACACUCAGCCUAUUCGAAUAUCAGAAACGUUGUCUAGUUGGACUCAGUAUCCAAAUAAAACCUCUGCAUCUUCUCUUUCGAAAGCAGCAAAUUCAACUGAAACCAAAUCAAAAGCACCUGCGGCAUCUGCAACAAAAUUUGGCCAUUUUUCCAAAAACACUUCGAAUUCAAAAGGCCAAAGCGGUGCAAAUUACGGUGGCAAUAGAAAUGAAAAUGGCAAUUCAAGUGGUAGCAAAUUUGGUAAUCAAUGGCGUAAAACGCAGUCUUCCAAUAAUUCCAGUAAAUCUUCUUUGGGAAGUAGUAAUAGUUCUUCUCUAACGCCGCCCGAUUUCGAUAAGUUAGAGCUACCUCCUGCCAAGAAAGAUUUCUACUCUGAGAACGAUCACUUAAACGACCGAGAUUCAGACGAGAUCGAUGAUUACUUAGAUGACCACAACAUAUCCUUAAAAGGGCGAUAUCAACCAAGGCCUUGCAUCACGUUCAAAGAUUUAGAUUUGCCUAGUGAAAUUUCAACUGCUUUGCGCAAUAAAAACUACGAGAAGCCAACACCUAUCCAAGCACAAACCUGGCCUAUAGCUCUCUCAGGGGACGAUAUGGUAGGACUAGCACAGACGGGAUCGGGGAAGACGUGUGCGUUUGUGAUUCCAGGACUUGUUCACAUUUUGAACAACAAAGAAAUGCCGAAAGAACCAAACAAUCCUUUAAUGCUAGUCCUGUGUCCAACUAGAGAGUUAUCUCAGCAAGUAGCACAAGUCACGGAGGAAUUUGCUUCAUCGAUGGGUAUAAAUGUGGUAUGUGUGUAUGGGGGGACUCCUAGAUCAGAGCAAUCUGCGCUACUGAAAAAUAAAAGGCCAGAAAUUUUAGUGGCGACGCCCGGACGACUGCUGGAUUUCAUGGAAUCAAAAGAGGUUGAUAUCAAACUGGUGUCGUAUCUGGUGUUGGAUGAGGCCGACCGCAUGCUGGACAUGGGCUUCGAGCCCCAGAUCAGGAGCAUCAUUGACAACAUUCGCCCCGACAGACAGACACUCAUGUUCAGUGCCACAUGGCCAGACGAGGUGUGGCAACUCGCAGAGGACUUCCUAGACAGCUACACGAAAGUGAACGUUGGCUCCCAGAAACUAAGUGCAAACCACCAAAUCACACAAGUAGUGGAAUGUUGUGAAGAGGAGGAGAAACCGGGCAAAAUUCUGGAGUUGCUGAAAGAUCUAGUCGAAAAAGACAAGACGCUGCGAACCCUCAUUUUCUGUGACACAAAGAGAGCUGUUAACGACCUUCACAAAAAUUUGAACGAAAAUCAUUUCAAAGCGGAAGCAAUUCACGGAAAUAAAAAACAAUAUGAGCGAGAAUUCGUUUUAAAACAGUUUUCAGACAACAAAAUUCCGAUUCUGAUUGCUACUGACGUGGCGGCCAGAGGAUUAGACAUCUCGGAUAUAAAACACGUGAUAAAUUACGACUAUCCAGCCAGUUCGGAAGACUACGUGCAUAGAAUCGGGAGAACAGCGCGUGGGUCGACCACGGGUAUGGCGUAUUCUUUUUUCACCCAAGCCAAUAUGGGCCAAUCUGGAAAGUUAAUAUCCAUUUUGGAGGAAGCUAACCAAGAAGUGCCUACAAUGUUAAAAUUUUAUGCAAGUUUUGUCAAGCAAAGAUAGAAGAAAACUCUUUUUCAGUUAGACAAAAACAAAAUUUUGAUGGUGUUUUCAAACUGCUAAAAACUGAUCAUUAUUUACUUAGCAGAUAGAUUUCCAAUUCUCGUUCACUGAACUGUAAUCUUGUUAUUAUAUCUCCUGAAAAUAUAAAUGUUAUUCUCGUUUUCAAAUUUACGAAAUCUUCACGCAA